AAUGAGAUCUUCAGAGAAGACAAGUGCAAAAUGUUUGAGAACAAGGUUUACAGCUUCAUUCAUCUGACCGUCCAGGAGUUUCUAGCAGCUCUUUAUGCUCAUCUGACCUUUGCCAACUCUGGAGUCAAUCUGUUGGAAGAACAGCAAACAGAGUUUUCAACAGAAACGUUCCACCAGAGUGCUGUAGAAAAAGCCUUAAAGUGUCCAAAUGGACAUCUGGACAUGUUCCUCCGCUUCCUCCUGGGUCUUUCUCUGGAGACCAAUCAGAAUCAUUUACAAGACCUGCUGACAAAAGCAGGAAGGAUAUCAGAGAACAAACAGGAAACAGUCCAGUACAUCAAGAAGAAGAUCAAUGAGAACCUGCCUACAGAGCAAAGCAUCAACCUGUUCCACUGUCUGAAUGAGCUGAAUGAUCACUCUCUAGUGAAUGAGAUCCAACAAUCUCGGCGUUCAGGACUUCUCUCUACAGAACGCCUGUCUCCUGCUCAGUGGUCAGCUCUGGUCUUCAUCCUAUUGUCAUCAGAAAAAGAUCUGAAUGAGUUUCACCUGGAGCAAUACUGUCUUUCAGAGGAAGCUCUGCUGAGGCUGCAGCCAGUUAUCAAAGCUUCAAAAGUAGCUUCCCUGGUAUCCUGUAAACUCUCCACAGGAAGCUGUGAAGUUCUGUCCUCCAUCCUCAAAUCUCCAUCAUGUCUGAAAGAGUUGAUUCUGAGUUGGAAUGACCUGCACGAUUCAGGAUUGAAGCUGUUGUCUGAGGGGCUGCAGAGUCCACACUGUAAACUGGAGGAACUUGAGUAAGAAACAAAAAACUUUAGCUGUGUUUGUGAGUGUUGUUGAUGCUCAUGUUCUACAACAGUGUUUUUCAACCAGUGUGCCGCGGCACACUAGUGUGCCGUGAGAGAUGGUCUGGUGUGCCGCGGGAAAUUACCCAUUUUCACAUGUCUAAAACAUUUACCCUCACUAUCAGCUCUGUGUUCAUCCAAACGGGCCUGGAUGUAAACCUGGUAGAUAGUUUGGAAUAUGCAAGAUCGUAAAAUACCUUUUUCUUUGAUUCUAUAAAUGACUCUUUAAUCCGAACGAUGUUGCCGCAAUCUGGCCGCUAAACAAGCUCUCUUUUCAGAAAAGUCCCGCCCCCUUCAAUUGUCUCCGCCAAUCAUUGUUGGAGGCUUA